AAAUUCAUCAAUACCAAACCAAUCAGGUGGUUGUUCGACGAAUUGACUAUUUAGACGUCAUUAAUCACGUGCUGCUGAUAAAGUGACACUGCUUUGAAUUAUACCGCUUAGCGACUUCAGUACAUGCCUCAUAGCUCCAGUCUCAAACUUAACCCCGUUCCUGCUGAAGAAGAAGAGGUCUGCUGGAUGGAGAAAGAAGCUCUCAUGAAAGAGGAGGAGGAGGAGGAGGAGGAGGAGGAAGAGGAGGCUGUUACAAUACAAAAACAAGUAGAGAGUGAGGCUGUUACAGUGAAAGAAGAAGAGAAAGACGUUUCAGUUAAAGAAGAGGAAGAUGCAGUCAGAGUUAAAGAGGAGGAAGAAGAUGUUUCAGUGAAAGAAGAAGAGGAGGGGGAGGUGACUGUCACAUUGAAAAAUGAAGAAGAGGAGGGACCUGGAUAUCUGGGCCCGGUUUCACAAACUCAUCUUAAGGCAUCCAAUGGUUCUAACGAUGAACAGGCCCUGAUUAACACUAGAGAGAGACGUGACUAUCCUGGAUCAUCUGGGGGGCCUCAACAACCUCAUGAUGCUGAUGAGGCAGAGAAGAGUCUCUCCACAUCAAAACAUCUCAAGAAACAUCAGCAGAGACCCACAGGAGAGAAACCAUACUGCUGCUCUGACUGCGGGAAGUGUUUCUUAAGAUCAGAUUCACUAAAAAUACACAUGAGAAUUCACACGGGAGAGAAACCUUAUAUCUGUGAUCAAUGUGGGAAGAGUUUUACUACAUCUCACCAGCUGACUUCACACCAGAGAACACACACAGGAGAGAAACCUUAUAGCUGUGAUCAAUGUGGGAAGAGUUUUCCUUCAUCUAGCCAUCUGAUUCGACACCAGAGAACACACACAGGAGAGAAACCUUAUAGCUGUGAUCAAUGUGGGAAGAGUUUUCCUACAUCUAGCCAGCUGACUUCACACCAGAGAACACACACAGGAGAGAAACCUUAUAGCUGUGAUCAAUGUGGGAAGAGUUUUCCUUCAUCUAGCCAGCUGACUUCACACCAGAGAACACACACAGGAGAGAAACCUUAUAGUUGUAAUCAAUGUGGGAAGAGUUUUACUACAUCUAGCCAGCUGACUUCACACCAGAGAACACACACAGGAGAGAAACCUCAUAGCUGUGAUCAAUGUGACAAGAGAUACUCUGAUAAAAGAUCUCUGAUUAAACAUCAGAAAAUACAUGAAGGAGUUGUUUCAUGAUAUCAAUGAAAUAAUGUCACAAUGUAGAAUGUUUUAACAUUAGUAGGAGUAUUUUAAUGAUGUCACAAUGUAGAAUGUUUUAACAUUAGUAGGAGUAUUUUAAUGAUGUCACAAUGUAGAAUGUUUUAACAUUGUAGUAGGAGUAUUUUAAUGAUGUUCUACCUUAUCGUUUGCCCUGUUCAAUUGAUUGCAGCAUGAUAUGGAUAUUAGCCUCGGGAAAAUCCAGGCUCUGAAUUGAAAGGGUAUUAUUAAACAAAAUGUGACUAACAAAAGAGAUGUGUUACACUUGCAUUUUGAUUCAACACUUCAAAAUGUAGCUAGCUGUUUUCUCCAAGUUGAAGAAAAUACAUGUAACAUGAUAAUUGUUGCAGAUGUUUG